GACGCGGAUCAUCCCAGUUGGUAAGUUUAGCCCAUAAUCCUGGUUCCGGUUCCGGUUCCUCUGGGCUCAGUGGGUCCAGUUUAGCGGCUCGUGAGUCCGGAUGGGUCCGGCAGGCCGAACCGGGCCCUGCGGCCGAUCCGCCGGCCUCGGAGCCGCAGAUCUCCACCUGAUUCUUCUCUCCUAUCAAUCACCGAGCAGACAGGCUGGCUUCACUUCCGCUCUGCCUUCACAAUAAGAGCCGCUCGAUCGGUUCCGGUCCGCUGCUGUUCUCAGCUGACCCUCUGAGGUUCGGAACCAGCCGGAGGUUCUGGUUCAGUGUCACCAGAAGAUCCAGUUUGUCUGUGGGUUCUGAAUAAAGGCCCAGUUCUGGUCCUCUGGGCUUUUACUCUGAAGGUCCGGCUGCUGACUUCCUGUGUUAGUUUUAGUUCAGUGGAAUCAGUGACGGUACCGAUCCAAAGCUGAUCCAGAACCUGGUUCUGGAUCAGAACCUGGUUCCGGAUCAGGAGUCUGUUCAUCAAGCAGCUGAUCGAUCAGAUUAAUAAUCCUAAUCUGUCCCUGCAGAGGAGGACAGUCAGCCUCACAGCAGAAUCCGGUUCUGAUCAGACCCAGACUGGGACUCUGAUGGAUCACCAUGAGAAGAAGAAGAGGUCGCGUUUGAUUCGGUGUGGACCGAACCGAACAGAAGAGGAAGAGGAGGAGGAGAUGAAGAACAAAGUCAGCAGCACUCAAGUGAGCGUGAAGAGGCGGUCCUGGUCCUGGCAGCAGUACCUGAACGAGCAGAAAGCCGAGGCGGCUCCGCCCUCUGUCUUCACGCAGGAACAGUCCUUCCCCAGCAGGAGAGCGGCCUUCAAAGCGGGCAUGAAGCUGGAAGGCGUCGACCCGCUGCAUCCCUCCAUGUUUUGCGUGCUGACAGUCGCCGAGGUGAUUGGCUGUCGGCUGCGGCUCCACAUCGACGGUUACUCGGAGUGCUAUGACUUCUGGGUAAAUGCGGAUUCUGCAGACAUCAAACCUGCCGGCUGGUGUAAAGAGCACAGCCACAAGCUCCACCCACCCAAAGGUCAGAGCGAGGCGGAGUUCGACUGGCAGGACUACCUCCAGUCGACAGGGUCCCACGCCGCCCCGGCCUCCCUGUUCACCCGCCGCUCCACGGAUUGUGCGUUCCAGGUGGGGAUGAAGCUGGAGGCGGUGGACAAGAAGAACCCCGGGCUGGUCUGUGUGGCGUCCGUGGCCGACGUGGUUGAGGAACGCUUCCUGGUUCACUUCGACAACUGGGACGACACGUACGACUACUGGUGCGACAGCAGCAGUCCGUACAUCCAUCCUGUGGGCUGGUGUGAAGAACAUGGCCGACCUCUGACCGCCCCCCAGGGUCAUCCCAGUCCAGAGCACUUUGUGUGGGACGACUACCUGCAGGAAACCGGUUCCAUGGCCGCUCCCGGCGCGGCGUUCACUCUGAGAGCUCCGCAUGGCUUUAAGCUGAACCACAGACUAGAGGCGGUCGACAGGAGGAACCCCAUGUUGAUGCGCGUCGCCACGGUAACAGACACUGAAGACUACAGGGUGAAGAUCCAUUACGACGGCUGGUCCACGCUGUUCGACGUCUGGCUGGACAGCGACCACGGCGACCUGCACCCGGUGGGGUGGUGCCAACGCACGGGUCACCCGCUGGAACCGCCCCCAGGUUCAACCCCGCUGCCCUCGCCGUCUCAGGGAGUCUGUCCCACCGCCGGCUGCAGAGGAGUCGGACACAUCAAAGGAGCCAAAUACACGGGACACCACAGUGCCUUCGGAUGUCCGUAUUCUGACAUCAACAUGAGGAAGGAGGUGGUGCUUCCUGAUCGGCUGGGAGGGGAGCGCUCCGUCACACUUGUUCCGGUGUCCAUCCAUCAGCAGGCCUACCUGCCUCACAGGAGAGCAGCUGAGGAGAAGGAGGAGGAGUCACCAGAGGCGCCGCUGCUGCUCCCCCUGGGGAAGAGGAAGAGACCGGCGGACAGAUUGUCUCAACCAACCAAAUUGCUGCGUGUGAAGCAGGAAGAGGAGGAAGUUCCUCUCAGAACCAUCAGUCCAGCAGAGUCCAGCCUGCAGGCCGCCCUCCAUCAGUCCGUCUUCCUGUCCGCCAUGUCGCCGCAGCCCGGACGCGACCUGUCGCUCUGCUGGGAGCAGCACCGCAAGCUGCUUCCGGGCGUGGCCAGAAUCCCCGCCGACGCCGUCCAGUGCUGGAGCGUCCAGCAGGUGUCCAAUUUCAUCGAGUCUCUUCCUGGAUGUGAGGAACAGGCCCAGCAGUUCAGAGAGGAGCAAAUAGAUGGACGAGCCUUCCUGCUGCUGACACAGCGCGACAUCGUCAGGAUCAUGUCAAUCAAACUUGGCCCCGCCCUCAAAAUAUACAAUUCCAUCCUAAUGUUUAAACACGCCGAGGAAAAGAGCCAAUCACAGACCGAGGGCAAGAACAGCCAAUCACAGGCGGAGGACGAGAGCCAAUCACAGGCUGAGGACGAGAGCCAAUCACAGGCUGAGGACGAGAGCCAAUCACAGGCUGAGGUCAAGAGCCAAUCAGAUGUUCAGGAUUACAGCAUCUGACUGACCACAUUCAGACUCCUGAAGAUAAGCCCCGCCCCUUAUAAUCCAGCCCCUCCCUCUCAGUCACCUAUUUACUAAUGAAAAGUUCUGGCGUCCCACUGAACUCAGGUGUCUUCAGGUGCUGCUUCUCUUUGAACACCUGAUUGCUGUCUUAGGCUCCGCCCUCUUUGAGGAGGGGCGUGGUUCAGCCUGAGGAGUACAAUGUGAAAGGGAUUCUGGGACGUUGACUGUGAUGACAAUCAUGCAGGGCAGCUGAUCCAGCUGGAAGGAGGCGGGGCCUAAAUCAGCUGUAGGUGGUUACCAACGUGGCUGCUGCCGUCUGAUUGGCUGAUUGACUUCAUUAGACCUCGGCCGCAUCAGAGCACAGCAGGAAGAUGCUCCCCUCAGAGGAGUGACAUCAUCAGUGGGGAUGAGGUCAUAAUGCUGCGAUGGACAGCGAGGAGUGACGCUGUGAUGAAGUCAUGAGCGUGACAUCAUCACCGUCUAUGUCAGCAGGAUUCUAACAGGAAGCCAGUGAUGAUGACACACCGUGGCCCCGCCUCCUCACCCACUACUUUCUCUGGAUUUUACCUCCCGGACAUAAACAAUGAUGUCAUCCCUAUUGCUCUGCUGUGAUUGGUCGGGAAUGUUGAUUCCUGGUGGUGGGCGGAGCUUUAUUCCCACAGCUGAUAAUUUAUUGUAAUGUUUCAGAGUUUCUAUUGUUCCUGCUGCAUCUCUAUAUAGUUCUAUUUUAAGGUUUCUAUUUGAGUAUAGAUUUGUAUUUCAGUCCUGCUGGCUUUGAACCAAAAAAAGCUGACCCCGCCCCCUCUGUGAUGUCACAGUCAGAGCAGGACUACAUUCAGGGUGCUCAGCUAAACAUGCUCAGUGUAAACAAACGGACUUCUACAGAGCAGGUUUCCUCAGGUUUCCAUGGUAACACUUCCUGCCUGCUGUGUCUGUCAGUGUUUGAUGAGAUCAAUAAAGUUUCUGACCUGAA